AUGAACUGCUUUGGAAUCUACAGGAGAGAACGCAAGGGCGAGGACGAGGACCUGUGUGAGGUGUGGAGGACACACAGACAGCAGAAGGACGACAAGCAGUUCUAUUGGGCCACCCACCGCCUGCUGCUGCUGGGACCUGUGGGAUCUGGCAAAAACACCCUUUUCAAUCAAGUAAAGAUGCUGCAAGGACCAGAGUGUGAUGCGGUUAGGGAGCAGGCCUCUGCCGUGCAGAAAGUCAGAAACACGCUGAAGGAAGCAAUUGAAAACGUCCUGGUGGCCAUGAGCAGCCUACAGCCCCCUGCAGAGCUGGCCCUUCCUGAGAACAAGCUCAGAGUGGACUACAUCCUGGGCAUCAGGGAUGAGCCCAGCUUCAGUUUCCCACCUGAGUUCUUCGAGCACGCCAAGGCUCUGUGGAAGGAUGAGGGCUUGCGCUCUUGCUAUGAGCGCUGCAUGGAGACUGGGCUGCUGGAGAGCUCCCGCUACUUUCUGGACAAGAUCGAUGUCAUCAAGAAGCCUCACUAUAAGCCCAACCCCGAGGAUCUCUUUCGCUGCCGCCUCCACAUCCCCAGAAUCUUUGAUACCAAGUUCCAAGUGGACGAAGUGAACUUCCACGUGUUGUACCCAGACGGAUUGUACUACAUUAACCAGGUAUGGGGCCAGUACCUCUGUAACUUCACUGCCAUCAUCUUCGUGGUGGACAGCAGCAGCUACGACCAGAAUUUCAUGGGAACCAACAGAUUGCAGGAGGCUCUGAACACUUUCAGGUCCCUCUGGCGCAGAUGUCCCCAAACCUUCCUUGUGUUUCUCUUCCUCAACAAGCAAGAUCUGCUGGCUGAUAAAGUCCUUGCUGGGAAGUCCAAGAUCGAGGACCACUUUCCAGAAUUUGCUCAGUACACUACUCCUGAUAGUGCUUCUCCUAAGCCUGGAGAGGACCCCCGCGUGACCCGGGCCAAAUGCUUCAUCCGCGACAAGUUUCUGAGCAUCACCAGCACUGGUGCCAGUGAUGACUGCUACUGCUAUCCUCAAUUCACCUGUGCUGUGGACCAUCGGAACAUCCAGAGGGUGUUCAGAGAGUGCACCCAGCUGGUCCAGCACACACGUGAAAGAAGGAGCUACUCUUAA